AUGAACCUCGCAAUACAGAAUCUUGGUAUUAAUGACCCCUUCACAAAUGAAAACAUUGUUGAUAAGGGGAAUGGUAAACCCAACACGACGAAUUUAAUACAUAUCAGAAAUCAACAAAGAAAUGGUAGAAAGAGCGUUACGACAGUGCAAGGAUUAGGAAAAACGUAUGAUUUGAAAAAAAUGGUCCGAGCCUUAAAAAAGUAUAUUCACAUAUGCCUGUACAAUACUCUGUACGCCUAG